UCUCCAAGUGUUGAGUGUCCCUGAAUUUAUUUUUGAGUUAUUUUCUAAAUUAUAUUUUUACCUUUGUUUCAGUCACCAUUACUAGACUUUGAUAAGUAAAUUGCAUGUAUCACCGCGCACUUCCUUUUUGGUUUUGUUUACACUGAAAUAAAUCAGUUGUCUCGCUGGGUUAUUAUUUUUUUUUUUUAGCAAACUUGUCAAGGAGGCUUUAGGCUAAAAUUUAGAACUUAAGAAAGUAAUUUUUUUAUCGCAAAUUAAGAAUAUGGAAUCCAGUGCACUGUUAAUAACAGAUUGUGCAAAUAGAUUAAAUAUGUUUGUAGAUAGGCCUACUUCCAAAACCUGUCACUCCUCAUCUUUUAAGUAGAUUAUCAUUAUGCAUUGUUUCUCCCGCUGAAGGCAGGCCCAUAGGAACCGAAGACACAUAAGAGCUGUGUUUUUUUGUUACAAGCCAAUAUGCAUGACCACACUAGACAGUCUUCAAUCAAAGGGAAGGUGAGUAGGUUUAGUCAGUCUGGAAACUAAAGAGAUGGUGGGAUGUGGUCAUCUGCUUACAAAUUGUACUUUAUGCAAUCUUGAGAUUACACAGGCUGGAUUUCUUGUGGAAACAGGAGGAAUGACAUUGUCUUCUCUUACUAAAACCACUGAAGUUGUAUGAUUGGGAGAUGCUUUUGGAAGCUGGAUGGGAAAAACUGUAACUCUCAUACUUCUAGGACAAAUGACAUUGUCUUCUGUUACCAAGACCACUGGUGUUGUUUGACUGCAGAUGCUUUUGGAAACUACCUGAGAAAAAUUGUGAAUCUUUCACUUUUGGUAUGAAUGACACUGUCUUCUAGCAAGACCACUGAAGUUGUACGAGUUGAAUGCAUACGCUUUUGGAAACUAUUUCGGAUAACCUGCAUUUUGGAUACAAUAGAGUACUGUGGAUGCCAUAAGAGUUAAGGAGUCGAUUCCAUUAUGAUGGAAAUUGAAUGGUGGAAGAAUCUGAUUGGUGCCGAUAUCUACGCAACCCUGAAGCAGAUGGAGCAGGAAAUCCAGCCGUUCAGGUGCCAGUGUUCGAAGCUGUGGACGCGGCGCCACCUGGUGGACUGGAUGUCGCUGAUCGUGGAACAGCUGAGCCUGUCGACGGUGACACAGCACCUGGCAGUCUACCUGCUGGACUACUUCAUGGACUGUAUGGAGGUGGAGCACCACCACCUCUACCUGUUGGCCAUGACCUGUCUCAGAGUCGCAGCCAAAUUUGAAGAACAUACAGACAAGGUACCGCGCCCAUCAACAUUGAAUGCUCUUCUCCCGAAGAGUUUCAGUUCUGCUCUACAAGGGUACACCCUGCAGCAGUUCCUGGCCAUGGAGCUCACCCUGCUGAAACAUCACAACUGGCACUUGGCUGUGCCCACGUCGGCAAACUUUUUACCUUACUUUCUGACAAUAGCUGCCGAUGAUGGCGAUCUGCACAAUGGCGUUCCCAUAACCUCCAAGUCUCUAGUCACAUCUUACAUCGAGAAGCAUUCACAUUACUUUCUAGAAAUAUCACUGCAAGACCACACCUUCCGAGGAUAUCACCCGUCUUUAAUAUCAGCAGCAAGCGUAGCAGCGUCUCGUAUCUGUCUGAACCUGACGCCGACGUGGCCAAAGCACAUGAUGCUGCUGACAGAUUACUACCUGGAGGAACUCAUUCCAUGUCUGCAGAUGAUGCUCAGGGCUCGCCAACGAGAUGACAUAAACCAGAACACACCACAGACGGUCGUAUCACUUCCCACAUCGAUGCCGCAAGCAGCUCCACUUCCCAGUGUGCCAUACGGGGUAGCACCAAUUCCCAGUGUCCCGUACGGGGCGGCCUCCACGCAGUACCUCGACUACAGUCCAGACACGCAGGUCCACCACUCGGUGUUCUCACUGGUGGGAACAACGCCCAUUCUAAGUAUGGGUCGAUUCAGUAUUAUUCAAUAGAACAGCCGGCUGUGAUGUUCAGCAUUUCUGUGAUCAGUUGUUAAUAAAAUAUAUUUUCUAAUUACUCAUGUGGACACCAGGAUUCUUCAUAAAGUUGGCUACUCCAGUUGCUGCAUGUGAUCAGCUAGAAUUCUUCACAAAUACAUUUUCUAACCAACUGUGAUCAGAAUUCUUGACAAGAAUUAAUGUAUUUUGUUUUGUGCCUAAUGUGUGGAACCAGAUCGUUUACAGAUACUUAUGUACCAAGUUGCCUGGUGUGAAAACCAAAAUGCUUCAUCAAUACAUUUGUGAUAUGUGGAAACCAGAAUUAUUCAUAAAUACAUUUUCAUUCAAUUGUGAUAUGUGGAAACCAGAAUUAUUCAUAAAUACAUUUUCAUCCAAUUGUGAUAUGUGGAAACCAGGAUUUGUCACAAAUACAUUUUCAUCCAAUUGUGAUAUGUGAAACAAGAAUUCAUCACAAAUACAUUUUCAUCCAAUUGUGAUAUGUGAAACAAGAAUUCAUCACAAAUACAUUUUCAUCCAAUUGUGAUAUGUGGAAACCAGGAUUUGUCACAAAUACAUUUUCAUCCAAUUGUGAUAUGUGAAACAAGAAUUCAUCACAAAUACAUUUUCAUCCAAUUGUGAUAUGUGAAACAAGAAUUCAUCACAAAUACAUUUUCAUCCAAUUGUGAUAUGUGAAACAAGAAUUCAUCACAAAUACAUUUUCAUCCAAUUGUGAUAUGUGAAACAAGAAUUCAUCACAAAUACAUUUUCAUCCAAUUGUGAUAUGUGGGAACCAGAAUUCAUCACAAAUACAUUUUCAUCCAAUUGUGAUAUGUGAAACAAGAAUUCAUCACAAAUACAUUUUCAUCCAAUUGUGAUAUGUGAAACAAGAAUUCAUCACAAAUACAUUUUCAUCCAAUUGUGAUAUGUGGGAACCAGAAUUUUUCUCACAUACAUUUGAAAAAUUUAAACUGCCUGACCUUCAUAACUGAAUUUUCCUUUAAAGUGACUAAUGUGAUAAACUGGAAUUCUUAAUGAAUGAAUUUGCCUAAAGUCUAUGAAUUACUGAGAAGUACAGACACUUUGAGUGCCAUGUGAGAGCCAUGUCAGAAAGGCAGAUACAUUUUCCUGAACCACCUUGUGUUAGAGUUAAGUCAAAACUGUAAUGUCUUUCACCAUUUUACCUCGCUGCCAGAUAGGACUGUGUGUUCAGAAACCUCUGAUAUCAAGAGGUCACUGCAAUAAUAUCAAAGUGCAAUUUGUAAACUAAUUUUCCUCUGAUAUAUAAUAUAAUUGGUGCUAUUCUAAUUUCUCAUCCGUACAGAUUGUGUUCAUCAUUUGCAGACCUUUACAGUAGUGAGCUAUUUAUCAGUGUGUAUUUGUUUAAAUGUUGCUGUUACCCAUUCGUUUAAAAUUAUGUGAUGUAUUUCGGGGGUGGGGGUUGGGGGGGGGGGGGGGGGUAUGAUAAAUCUGUGAAAAUGUUACAACUAACCUGCAUAUAUUUUGGAUAUGAAACUUGAUAAAUCAAACUUGAAUAUAUGUGGGUGUAGAUUGAAGUAACAGACAUUAAUGUAAUUCACUCUUAUGCAUAUAUAUUUUGAUGACUGGGCCAUCAUUAAAAAAAACCCAACAUGUUCUGGUUUGCUGGAACCCAACUAACCAAGUGUGAUUGUGUGUGUGUUGUGUUUUGGCAUGAAUGUAUACAUGUUAGUAUGUACAGAUAUUGACCUGUAUUCAGCAGAUAAUCCAAGUAAAUGGGUGGAGGUGCUGGUCAAAUUAGCUUUUUUGGCAAAUGUGUUUUCUUAUCUUGGCCAAUGACAGCUUAAAGUGUUGCAGAGUCCGUUUUCAAGGCUAAUUGUUAAUACCAGAGAUGGUGUCUUUUGUUAAAAUAAGAGAAUCAGUAAUUAGUAACAGGUAGGUCACAGUGACCUAGUACCUGGUAAUGGUAUUCAGCACUCUUCCAUCCCAAAUUGUUCUUGCAUGUAAGGUUUGAUUAUCGUAAAUAGAAAUUAAUAUGGCAGAUAAACCUCAGACUAGGAUUCAUUUUAAUGUGCAGUAAACUGAAAAGUAGGUCACAGUGGCCUGGUAAUCAUAUGCAACAAAACCAUCCCAAGUUGUUUAUGCAUGUAAGGUUUGCACACAUCGGUAUCAAAAAUAUGGUUUAUGCUUCACAUUUCUAUCUUUUUCAUUCAAGAUUGUUCAGUAAAACCCUGUAGACUGAGAGAAUUCCGGUUUACAGAGGGUCCAGUUUUUAGGGGUUUCACUGAAUUUAUAAAAUAGUGCUCAAAAUGAAAAUGCUAGAUAUAUGGGAUCUCUCUAAACUGGAUAUAUGUUGAAGUUUAAAGAUCAUCUGGUGUAGGCAGGCUCCAUUGUAUAAUAUUUACAUUUUGAAACAAGAAUUAAUAAUUACGUUUGGCAAAAAACUGUAGUGCAACAUUGAAACACUCCAUGAUUUCCCUCGUUUCUCCCAAUUUAACUAAUUGAACUGAAUUUACGAAGCCUGUUAAAGCAUUGUAAAUGUAUCUAAAACAUAAACAAGCUUUGUAAGUUUGACCUUCCAUGAUUUACCUGGCUUCUCCCAUUGUAACUAAACACUCCAUGAUUUACCUGGCUUCUCCCAUUGUAACUAAACACUCCAUGAUUUACCUGACUUUACCUGACUUCUCCCAAUGUAACUAAACACUCCAUGAUUUACCUGGCUUCUCCCAUUGUAACUAAACACUCCAUGAUUUACCUGGCUUCUCCCAUUGUAACUAAACACUCCACGAUUUACCUGGCUUCUCCCAUUGUAACUAAACACUCCACGAUUUACCCGACUUCUCCCAGUGUAACUAAACACUCCAUGAUUUACCUGGCUUCUCGCAUUGUAACUGAACACUCCAUGAUUUACCUGGCUUCUCCCAGCGUAACUAAACACUCCAUGAUUUACCUGGCUUCUCGCAUUGUAACUCAACACUCCCAUGAUUUACCUGACUUCUCCCAGUGUAACUAAACACUCCAGGAUUUACCUGGAUUUUUUCAGUGUAACUAAACACUCCAUGAUUUACCUGGCUUCUCCCAUUGUAACUAAACACUCCAUGAUUUACCUGGCUUCUCCCAGUGUAACUAAACACUCCAUAAUUUACCUGGCUUCUCCCAGUGUAACUAAACACUCCAUAAUUUACCUGGCUUCUCCCAGUGUAACUAAACACUCUGUGAUUUACCUGACAUCUCCCAUUGUAACUAAACACUCACAAUUUACCUGGCUUCUCCCAGUGUAGGUUGCUUUUAUUAAAAAAAAAAUUAAUUAUUCACCGGCUAACGGUUAAUUAUGGCUUAUUUAUGUAGUGACAAAAACUUUAGUCAGUCCAGUGUAGCAACCAGUUUGUGAGUUCCUCGACUCUACAAUAUGUAUUUUAAAACAAAUUAAUCAUCAGUGAUUUAUAGUGACUUUUUGGAAUGGCUUAAAAAUUUUGAGAUCGUUCUUGAUAAAAUGUUGUACUUGUUCCAUUUAAUUUAAAGAAAUCAUUUAGUGGAUUGUGAACAGUAUUGUGAUGCUGAAACUGGCUCAAGUAUGUUUGAUUUACAGUUAUUUUUAGCAUGGGUGAAAGUACACUUUUAUUAGUUGAUAAUUCAUUAAUUUCCUUAUUUGUACAAACAGAAAUGUUAUUUUGCAACAAAAGUAUUGUAUAUGUUUCUUUAUUUUCCAGUUUGUUAUCCAUUUUAACAAAAACAUUUUAUGAUUAAAUACCUGUGAAUAUA